AUGGGGUUGCUGGACUUUAUCAGACGCAAAAUAAAGGGUUCCCGCCAAGAGACCCAUAACAGCUACACACAAAAGUCAUCAAAGAGCGAUAAGACUCACACAAGCUAUCGGAGUGAAGUGCCGAAUGAUGGAUCUUCACGAAGCCGUCCACAGGAUCCGCAACAAUCAAAAAGGGCUCCGUUACCACAACCACAUAGAAUUGAACAUCGAAAUCAAGAAUCCGUUCAGCCCCGUCACGUAAAUAAGAGAUCUUAUUCGGUGGAGGACCGAAUCAAAUGUAUCGAAAAUGACAUCGAUAAGUGGAAUAAAGAGAAUCUCCCCAAUCAACGCGUCAAAAUCGAUAUUAUUAUCCUUCAAGGUUUACUCGACGUUAACCAGCAUUUGUCAGAGCCAAGAUCCAGCUCUCAGAUAAGAUUCAUCUAUAACCCCGAGGAGCCCUGGGGCGAAUCGAAUUUAAAGCAGCUACAAAUUGCAUGCAAGGAAAAGAAGUGGCACGCAGAUUUUUCGUGGUCUCCUUAUGCUUUGAAGUCAGCUGUCCGAAAGAGAAUGUUUGAAGCAACUGCUAAAGAUGUCCCGGUCUACAAGUCGAAUAAGGAAGUCAUGAUAAUACGAAGACCCCCACUGGAUUAUCGGAUUUGUCAGCGCCUUGAUCGUCUUCGCGGUUUGGAGUCGGAAACUAAUCUAUAUAAUUCAAAGUUAAGUAAAAUAUUGAAAUAUAUUGAAAAGUGCAUCAAUAAGCAACAGUUGAAUGGCACACAGUCCAAAUCGAGAAGGGAUGUCACGCCGAGAGGCUUGAUCGAAGAAUGGCAGAAAGAGUAUGGUUUCGAUUUCAGUAAGGUACUGCGCUCGCUAAAAGACAAGAAGGUGGGACGAUCGGAACCGCGCGGGCAUAGCAGCACGGGAAUUCAUCAGAAAUCCCACAAAGUAAAUGGACCACAUGAUUCUACUGUUUCCCUUCCCACCAGUCAACGAGCUCCAUCUAAAUCAAGAGCAUAUAACUCAUCAAAUCAUGGUUCUGAAAGUGAUACAUCUACAUCUACACGUUCGCGCCGAGUGCUUAAACCAAACGAUUCUGCUGUAUCACUUUCAGGCACCCGUGAACGAGCUCAGUCUAAAUCACAGGGACAUAAACCAUCACAUGAUGUGACCGGCGGUGUCAAAUCUUUACAUCCGCGACGACGUACACAAAAUUCUUCCCAGCCUCUUAAUCAACAUAAGCCUCAAACCACGUCAAAUCUCGAUACUUUAGCAAAGAAUGUUUCCCAUUCACGACCAUCAGUAACGAUUGAUUCGCCAAGUGAGGGCAAAGGGAGGGCCCCUAGUAAAUCUCCAAAUAGAAACCCUCCUGGACGAUCGCCUCGUACGCCUCUCACGCCUCGCACACCUCGCACGCCUCAAACGCCUCAAACGCCUAUACGUAAGAACCACAUUCACCAAGAGCGAGAGAAUCCACCUUUACCUCCGUCUUUGUCUUCGUCAGAUUAUGGCCAUCAGAAAUCUCCUGCACGGCCUCGAUCUAGCAACCGCAAAAUGACGACUCGGGAAAGCAGUCAUGGAGACUUCCCGGAUUCUAGUACUGGACAAUCGCAAUCACAAUCUCACCUUCACGUAAAUAAGCAUGAAUUGAGGCCAAGGAACAGUCAUCGAGAUUUAUUCAACAAUAACCAUGAUGACUAUGAACGGCAACUACAUUCAAACCCGCAACAACAUUUGCCAUACGUCAUCAGGAAAGACAGAUACCCGAGGCCGUCCAAUGAAGAUUCAAACUUGCCAUCACCUGCAGAUUCAAUAGAUAUGUCAUGGAAAAUUGGUCUAACGACCGAGCAAGUAAAUAAAGUACAUGAACAAGCGAUCGAUAAACUUCGGUCGGAAGAUCAGCCGAAUAGUUAUAGCUCAUGA